GUCAACCUUCAACCCGGUCUUCAAGCGCGGUUCAAAAACUGUUCAACUGCGAAACCGUAGGCGCAGAAACAAAGAAAAGAAACCAAGUUGGUAAACAGAGCCAUUAGCCAAAAAGUGAUUAUUUUUGGACGUACAUUUAAGGCACGGCAAGAAUCGUUUCUUAUUUUUGGCCAAUCAUAAAAGAACAAAUGAACAAUGGAUUGACGGGCGUCUGUCAUUUUAUUAUGUGCUGAGCUGUUGUUCUAGGUUAGAAAACAAUGAAAAAAUUUACUUACUGAUAUUGAGCAGUUUGGUACAUUUGUCGCGAAAUCAACGCAAUAAAAAUUUAAAAUGAAGGUGACAGUGGCUACUUUAACCGAUUUCAUAUUUGUUUUGGACGUGUCUGAAGACCUGGAACUGGAAAAUUUCAAAGCAUUUUGUGAAAUAGAGUCGGGAUUUCCAGCAUCGGAAAUCGUCAUUGCCUUCAAUGGCAUGCCCCUAAUGGAUAAUAAAAAGUCUCUUAAGGAGCUGGGGAUUCGCGAUGGGGAUGCUGUUAUCCUGCAGCAUAUGCAGACUGGGUCUCAGACCAGUCUGGAUCAAAAUCCAGUUAGUUUUGACUUUAGCAACAUAGAAAUUCCAAACAGCGCCAGAAAUAGAGCCACUGAAGAUGAUCCUGUUUUAAUCCGAGAUAUGUUCUUAGCAAAUCCUGAUCAACUGGCUUUGUUGAAACAGAACAAUCCCAGAUUAGCAGAUGCGUUACUCAGUGGAAAUAUCGACACAUUUUCAUCAGUGCUCCGAGAACAGGUCCAGGCUAGACAGGAACGUGAACAGCAAAGAUUAAGAAUGGUAAAUGCAGAUCCGUUUGACACCGAGGCUCAGCGACUUAUAGCUGAGGAGAUUCGCCAGAAAAACAUUGAAGCAAACAUGGAGGCAGCUAUGGAAUAUAAUCCAGAAUCUUUCGGCACGGUUGUUAUGCUUUACAUAAACUGCAGGGUGAAUGGUUACCCUGUGAAAGCUUUCAUAGACUCAGGCGCCCAGACGACGAUCAUGUCGAGUCGUUGUGCUGAAAGGUGCAACAUAAUGCGUCUGGUGGAUACGAGGUGGGCGGGCAUUGCCAAGGGUGUGGGUGUCCAAAAAAUCAUAGGCAGGAUUCACAUGGUUCAGAUCCAAAUCGAGAACGUCUACUUAACCACAAGUUUUUCUGUACUAGAAGAACAGCCAAUGGAUAUGUUGCUAGGGCUGGAUAUGUUGAAGAGACAUCAGUGUUGUAUCGAUCUCCAUGCAAACGUCUUAAGAAUCGGUACGACGGGUACCGAAACGUCUUUCUUGCCGGAAAGUGAACUACCCGAUUGCGCGAGACUGAGCAGCUUGUCCGAGGAGGAGGUUUUGGCACGGUCCAAGAAAGAAAUAGAGGACAAAGAUUUGCAAACUGCUAUACAUAAUAGCAGACAACAAGCUGUCAGCAGUUCCAGCGCACUGCAACCUAACAGUAGUGCCAGUGCAACAAUAGCGAAUUCGAAUACUCAAAGCCUGCUACCUAGUGAUAAGUUUUCAGAAGCAGACAUUAAAGAAAUCACUGCUAUGGGUUUCAGUAGGGAACAGGUCAUUUUCGAACUGAGACGUUUCAACGGGGACAAAACUCAAGCCACCGCCGCACUUUUCGCGAAAUCGCUCAAAUUUUAAUUGCAUUUACCUGUCUCUUGGAUCUUUGGUGCAAAUUUGCAAAGUGCCUCUUUUUAGUUGAAUGCCGCGGUCGAGCAAUAGAUUAAAUGAGUUGUUUUAAUAGUUCGUAAAUUCACUAAAAUUCAGACGAAUAAAAACGUAAAGAUUUAAAUAUAUUCGCUUUAGUUAUAAUCAUUAUUUGCACUCGCGAAAAUUGUACGGAGUGGGCCAGUUUUGACGCUUUUGGAUGGAUUUCAUCAGUUUCCUGAAAAGAGAAAAAAGUAGUUUAUACGACAAGAGCGCUUGAUUUCACGAAAAUCUGAAUGGUGAAAAGUGUAUCUCAAUAUCUUGAAUCGUUUCUCACCAUUGGCCAUUUUCUAUGUUGCCCUACAACUUUUCUGUUUGUGAAAAUUUUUUAAUUUUGCAAUAAGAUUUUACUAUUUUCUAGUUAUUCAGUUAUAACACAAACAUAUAUUUUUAAACUAUAUACAGGGUGUACCAAGCUAAAAUAUUUUCAAGGUCAUCGUACUUUCGGUUAUACCGGAAGUAGAUAUUAACUUUCUUAGU